AUGAUUGAGACCCAACUUGCUCAGCUAGCUAGCGCUAUCAAAAAGCAACAAGUGCAUAUAAGUCUCCCACCCCAAGGUCAACCUCCUAAGAAAUUGUAUGCCAUUGUGGCAAGGAGUGGGAAGACCUUAGAUGAUAGUGCUACGCAUGUUGAAGCUCCUAGCUCUAGGGGUGAGAGUUCUAUGGGAAAUGAGUCCUCGGACCGUGAUGAUGCGGAAGAGAAACACAAAUGGGAUGUGCAAUUCGCAAAAUUUCUUGUGAUUCUUCGACAAUUGUAUGUCACUAUCCCCUUUACGGAUGCUUUGAAACAAAUGCCUUCUUAUACGAGAUUUCUCAAGGAAAUCUUGAGUGGGAAGCGAGAUCUUGACGUAAAGGAGACGGUGAACCUCACCGAGAAUUAUAGUGCUAUCAUUCUUAACAAAACGCCACCGAAACUCAAAGACCCGGGAAGUUUUUCUAUCUCUUGUGCUAUUAAGGAGCUUGAAAUAAGCAAUUCCAUGUAUGAUUUGGGUGCUAGCGUUAAUAUACUACCUUUUUCGGUGUUUGCCAAGCUUGACGUUGGAGAUCUUGUCCCAACCAACAUCACCUUGCAACUUGCCGACCGUUCGGUCAAGUAUCCUAUUGUUAAGGUUGAGGAUGUUCCCCUAGUGGUUGGCGAGCACACUUUCCUUGUGGAUUUCGUUGUCUUGGACAUUGAUGAGGAUGCCCAUACCCCCAUUAUCUUGGGGAGGCCAUUUUAA